AUGCGAUCCGCGAUUCUUAACCUUGCUUCGUUGGUGCUGGCCAGCGGCCUUGCUUCCGCCGCCUGUCCCUCGCGAAACGAUAGCAGGCCACCGUCUUGCAAAUACCUCCCUGGAGAUGAGGGAUGGCCGUCCCAGGAUACGUGGGCAAAGCUAAACAAGACCGUCGGUGGCCGCCUGGUUGCCACGGUUCCCUUGGGAACACCUUGCCACGGUGAGAGUUACGACGCGGCCGAGUGUGCGCGGCUGCAGGAGGAAUGGUUUUACUCCGAAGUCCACAUGGGGUCUUCGUCCUCCGUUAUGGCUCCCCUGUUCGCCAACGCGAGCUGUGAUCCCUUUCAGCCCAAAGACUCCCCCUGCACCCUUGGGAACUAUGUUAGCUAUGCCGUCAAUGCUUCUGGGCCUGCAGACGUCGCGGCCGCGCUAAGGUUCGCCGACGUGAACAACGUGCGGUUCGUCAUCCGCAACACGGGCCAUGAUUACAAUGGCCGUUCUACUGGCGCCGGUGGCCUCGCUAUCUGGACACACUACCUCAAGGGGACCGAGGUAGUCGACUGGGAUGACGGACACUACGUCGGCAAGGCCCUCAAGGCCGGCGCUGGCGUUCAAGGUUUCGAGGCCAUCGCUGCCGCACAUGAGGUUGGCUUGGCCAUUGUGACUGGAGAAUGUCCUACAGUGGGCCUCGCUGGCGGAUAUAUCCAGGCUGGUGGCCACAGUGCCCUCUCAAGUUCGUAUCGCCGUGCCUCUGAGCGUAUUUACGGUUUGGCUGCCGAUAACACCUUGUCUUUUGACGUGGUUACUCCAACCGGAAAGUUCCUCACCGCGUCGAGAUCGCAGAACCAGGACUUGUACUGGGCGCUCAGCGGAGGUGGAGGAGGAAACUACGGCGUUGUUACUUCCAUCACCGUCCAAGCCCAUCCUGAAGCCAUUGUCAGCGGCGCCAAGUUCGCCGUUACCUUUGCCCAAAAUGACACCGAGUCGUUGUACGCCGUCGUUGACGCCUUCCACGCGGCCCUCCCUGACAUCGUGGACUCAGGCGUCAUGAUCAUCUACUUCUUCGGCCCCGGUUUCCUGCAGUCUCCCGCCAUGACGGCCUACAACAAGACGCAGGCCGAGACCGAGAAGAUCCUCAAGCCCCUUAUCGACUCCCUCGCAGCUCUGGGAGUUACCCUGCAGCCCACGUACACCGAGUUCGAGAGCUACCGCGACCAUUACAAUCACUACUGGGGCCCUCUGCCCUCCGGCAACAUCCAGGUCGGAACCCAGCUCUUCGGGGGCCGUCUCCUCCCGCGCUCCAAGUUGCCCACAUUCGGUCCGACUGCGCGCAAGCUCGUUGAGUUGGGCGUCACUUACAUCGGUGUCGGGCUCAACGUCUCCCGCUUUGGCGGCGACAACGCCGUUCUGCCGCAGUGGCGCGACUCCAUCGUCCAGGUCUCGCUCACCCUGCCCUGGAGCUUCGAGGUCCCCUACGCCGACAUGGUCGCGGAGCAGAACCGCAUGACCGAGGUGGUUCAGCCGGUCAUCGAGGCCGCAACGCCCGGCGCGGGAGCUUACAUCAACGAAGCCGACUUCCAGCAGAAGGAUUGGAAGGAGACUUUCUUCGGCGUCAAUUAUCCCAAGCUGCUGGAGAUUAAGCGCAAGUAUGACCCCAAUAGUCUCUUGUACAACGUCGCUGCUGUCGGCAGUGAUGCUUGGACGGUGGACAACAGCGGGCGUAUGUGCAGGGCCUGA